AUGGAGAGGGCUGGCGAUGGUGGAGUAGCCUCACCAGCGCGUCCUCAUGGUGGGCCGGAAGGUUCCUCAGGAGCUGCCGCUGGAGGUAAUGCUGCAAAAGGAAAGGGAGCAGCAGGUGCAGCUCACAAGUGCCCAGCUGGUCCAAAGGGACCAAAAGGAGCGCCGGGACUCAAAGGACUUGAUGGUGAACCCGGAGCACCUGGAGCAAAGGGUAAGGCAGGGCUGUCGGGCAAUGCUAUCGAAGGCGAAGAAUGUCCUCCAUGUCCGCAAGGUCCGCCUGGUGAACCAGGAUACAAAGGCAAACGUGGUGCUCGUGGGCCAAAGGGUGAGAAAGGACCACCUGGACCGCCUGGAAUGGAUGGAGCCCUUGGUGACCAAGGACCAGAUGGCUCACCUGGUCUUCCUGGAGAAGCGGGUCCUCAGGGACAAACAGGACCUCCUGGACUGGACGCAAAGGGAACCACGAAGGGCCCUCCUGGUCCAAAAGGUGAGGUCGGUCCUCCAGGAAUGGAAGGAGAUGAAGGACUGCCGGGAGAGCGCGGAGAUGAUGCACCUGCAGGACCCCAAGGCCCUCCAGGACCAAUGAAAAUUUAUAUUGCUUGUUUCAACUGCCACAAGGGUUCGUUCAGGGAGUACCUGGUGAAGAAGGCGCUGCUGGUUUUCCUGGUCAUCCUGGCAAACCUGGAAGGAAUGGCGCCGACGCCGAAUACUGUAUUUGUCCAAAGCGAAAGGAGAAAGGAUACCAACUCCCUGAGGAACCUUACAAGAUACCUGAAGAACCUCCAAGCGAAUCGCCUCAUCAGAGCAGCGGAGCCGGCUACAGAUGCUCCUACUUACGCAGGCACAACAGAGCCAGCUGAUAUAGCGCCCCCAGGAAGACCAUCUUCGCAUACACGUGGCAAUACUGCAGUAGCUCCAGAACAUCCUCAGGCCGCGGAAGCAUCAGCCGGUGGUGAGCACCAGCCAGGGGAAGGAGCGCCUAGUGCAGCCGUUGGAGUGUUAGUAGCUGUCAGUGAAUCACCACUGCCAGCUGGAACAGGAAAUACAGUGACCAAACCGGUAUGA